CUUCCACCCGUCAGUCUGGAAGGAUCAGAGAGAGGCAGGCACGUUUAAGCAACUGCAGGAAAUGGCUUUUGGAGUCCUGAUAUCUGUCUACCUUUUAUUCAAUGCAAUGGCGGCAUUUACUGAAGAGGCGUCCAUCACCGUAACCCCACCAAUCACAACUCAGCUAAGUAACUGGACAGUUAACAAAACAGAAGCUGAUGCUACAGAAAGACCCAUAACCUUAAAGUUCUCACCGCCUUGCCUGGAAGACCACAACAGUUAUUGCAUCAAUGGUGUUUGUACAUUCCACCAGGAGCUGGAAAAAGCUAUCUGCAGGUGUUUGACUGGUUAUACUGGAGAAAGAUGCGAGCACUUGACUUUAACUUCUUAUGCUGUGGAUUCUUAUGAAAAAUACAUUGCAAUUAGCAUUGGAGUUGGAUUACUAUUAAGUAGUUUCCUUGCUAUUUUGUAUUGCUACACAAGAAAGAGGUGUUUAAAACUGAAAUCGCCUUAUAGUGUUUGUUCUGGAAGAAGACCACUGUGA